AUGCAGCGUACUUUAGCCAAACUCCACGACCAGCGUCACGUGUCACAGUGGAUCUCGGGACCGAUCCAACACAUCCACGGCCCACCAUUACGGUGUGCAUUGAUAGACCUGAAGUUAGGGCUUCAUGGCACGUUUAAUCUGACACCUCGAACCCAAUCAAUAGCAAUUUGUGAACUUACAAACUCCCUUUUUGUGAAGGGUUCAAAUGCUUCGAGUUUGGCUCAGGACGAUGGCAGCAGGGACCCCGGUUCGGGGCAGACCUCGGUGCUGUAG